AUGUCAUGUUACAUUCUCCUCUGCACCUCAGCUGAACCACUGGAAACCACUUUAGUGCUGUUCUCUCCUGCUCCGUUUUACAGUCUCUUCCAGCAUCUAAUCUGCCAGACCUGGAAGCACACAGAAAAUGAAAGGCUACUGGACUUGUAUGUGCAGCAGCUGCCAGUAUUGCCAUCUGUGACUGCAGGUUCUGUGUCCAUGGCUGGUGACAGCCAGCACUUCAUGGUCUGCUGUGGUGCGUGUCAUCAGAUGCAGAAUAAAUGUGCAAAGAUGUCAAAUGCAUUGCCAUUUAUCCUGCUCUUCAUAUUCCCAAUGCUGCUGUCAGGGGCUUGGUUUCCCAAAACUUUACCCUGUGAUGUUAAGUCCUCAGAAGGCACUGUGACAGUGGACUGCACUGAUCGGCGCCUUACAGAAGUUCCCAGAGGGAUCCCUGGAAACGUUACCAACCUUACCCUGAGUAUUAACCAUAUCCCCCACAUCUACCCAACAUCCUUUGAUCAUCUUGAAAACCUCCAGGAGAUUGACUUCAGAUGCAACUGUGUGCCUGUCAAACUUGGCCCCAAAAAUCAUGUGUGCACUAGCAGACUGAGGAUUGAGACUGGUAGUUUUGCUGCCCUGACAAGACUGAAGUCAUUGUAUUUGGAUGCAAACCAGCUGGCAGAAAUACCCCGAGGUCUUCCUGCUACUUUAACCCUGCUGAGCCUGGAAGCAAACAGUAUCUUUUCUAUCCAUGAAGCCAGCUUCUCAGAGCUAGGAAACAUAGAGGUAUUGUAUCUUGGACAGAACUGUUACUACCGCAAUCCAUGCAACGUUUCAUUUGAAAUUGAGAAAACAGCCUUUCUGGGGCUGAAAAAGUUAACAAUACUAUCCCUGAAGUCCAACAACUUAACACAUAUUCCACCCAAUUUGUCAUCUACUUUAAAGGAAUUGUAUAUUUACAACAACAUGAUUCAAGUGAUUCACGAACAGGAUUUAAGUGGCCUUUCCAAUCUAGAAAUUCUUGACCUAAGUGGCAAUUGCCCACGUUGCUAUGAUGCCCCGUAUCCUUGCAUUCCUUGUCCCAAGAGCUCGAUUCAGAUACAUUCAAAGGCUUUUGACUCCUUGGAAAAUUUAAGAAUUUUGCGACUUCACAGUAACUCUCUUCAGAGCAUACCCAGCAGCUGGUUUAAAAACAUCAAGAAUCUCAAAGAACUUGACCUCUCCCAAAAUUUCCUCAUGAGGGAGAUUGGAGAUGCUCAGUUUUUGACAUUUAUCCCCAGCCUUAUGCAGCUUGAUCUGUCCUUCAACUUUGAAGUGAAGGUGUAUUCUCCCUUCUUGAAUCUUUCUAAGACAUUUUCUUCUCUCUAUAACCUGGAAACUCUGAGGCUCAAGGGUUAUGUCUUUAAAGAACUGAGAGCACAAGAUCUACGUCCACUGCUCGGUCUUCAGAAUCUAACCAUGUUGGAUCUCGGGACUAACUUUAUUAAAGUUGCAGACCUGACAGUGUUUGAAGAAUUCCCAGCUCUUAAGUUCAUUGACCUCUCAGUGAAUAAAAUUUCUCCUUCUUCAGGGGAAAGCAACUUCUAUGGAUUUUGCUCUAAUCCUGGCAUUUCAGUUGAGCAAUACAACAGGCAAGUACGACAAGAGACGCAUUAUUUCAGGUAUGACGUGUAUGAGCGAAGUUGCCGUUCCAAAGACAAAGAGGCUUCUUCCUACCAAUCUAUAGUUAAGGAAGAUUGCCUUAACUACGGAAAAACUCUGGAUUUAAGCAGAAACAAUGUAUUUUUUGUUAACCCCUCAGACUUCCUGGGACUUAGCUCUCUCAAAUGUCUCAAUUUGUCAGAUAAUGCAAUAAGUCAAACUUUAAAUGGAAGUGAAUUCUCUUACUUGUCUGGAUUGAAAUAUCUGGAUUUUUCUAACAACAGGGUUGAUUUGCUACACCAAACUGCUUUCAAAGAGCUAAAAUUUUUAGAAAUUCUAGAUCUGAGCAAUAACCAGCAUUAUUUUCUGGCAGAAGGUAUUACUCACGUGCUUAGUUUUAUGAAAAACCUAGCCCAUCUGAAGAAGCUGAUGAUGAAUGAGAAUGACAUUUCUACCACUAUUGAUACAGGAAUGGAAAGCCAAUCUCUUAGAAUUUUAGAAUUCAGAGGAAAUCGUUUAGAUGCUUUAUGGGUGGACGGCAAUGCUAGAUAUUUGUCCUUCUUCAAGAAUCUGACCAGCCUGGAAGAACUGGAUAUUUCCUUCAACUCGCUCAGUUUUUUGCCUCAUGAUGUUUUUAAAGGAAUGCCUCCUAGUCUCAAGAUCCUCAACUUAACAAAUAAUCAACUGAAGAGUUUCAUCUGGGGAAGCCUCCCCUCUCUGAGGAACCUAGUAACUCUGGACCUGAGCAAUAACCUUCUGACUACUGUUCCCAAAGAACUGUCCAAUUGCACCUCAUCACUCCAAAAACUGAUGCUCCGAAACAAUCUCAUUCAGCGAUUGACCAAACAUUUUCUCAGAGGUGCUUUUAAACUGAGGUACUUGGACCUCAGCUCAAACAAGAUUGAAAUAAUUAAGAGAUCCAGCUUCCCUGAGAAUGUCAUUAACAACCUGGAGAUGCUGCUUUUGCAUGGCAAUCCUUUUAAGUGUAACUGUGAGGCUGUGUGGUUUGUCUGGUGGAUCAAUCAGACACAGGUGACCAUUCCUCUUCUGGCCACAGACGUGACCUGUGCUGGCCCAGGGGCACAUAAGGGAAGGAGCGUGGUUUUCUUGGAUCUGUAUACCUGUCAGCUGGACACGUCGUAUUUGAUCCUGUACGCUCUGUCAGCUUCAACCGUCCUUGGCUUUAUGGUGUUCACAGUGAUGAGCCACCUCUACUUCUGGGAUGUGUGGUAUAGCUACCAUUACUGCACUGCCAAGCUGAAGGGCUAUCGGCGCUUGUCUUUACCAGAUGCCUGCUACGAUGCCUUUAUUGCCUAUGACAAUGAAGAUGCAGCUGUGAAUGAGUGGGUGCUGCAGGAACUGGUUGAAAGGCUGGAAAACCAAAAAGCCAGGCAGUUCAAUUUAUGCCUGGAAGGAAGGGACUGGCUCCCAGGACAGCCGGUCUUUGACAACCUUUCCCAGAGCAUUCAGCUGAGCAAAAAGACCAUAUUUGUGCUGACCAACAAGUAUAUUAAAAGCGGCAGCUUUAAGACAACAUUUUACAUGGCUCAUCAGCGGCUUCUAGAUGACAAAAUGGAUGUCAUUAUCUUGAUAUUUCUUGAGAAGGUUUUGCAGAAGUCUCGCUAUGUCCGGCUGAGGAAGAGGCUGUGCAGAAGUUCAGUCCUGGAAUGGCCAACUAACCCUCAAUCUCAGCCCUACUUCUGGCAGUGCCUGAAAAAUGCUAUAGCUACAAGCAAUUCACUGGCUUACAACAAGCUUCUCCAAGAAACUGUUUAGCUUUACUCUCCCUUUUAAUAUUGUUAUGAUACACAAGACCAAAAUCUCCUGAGCAAAAGAUUCUGAACUUCAUUUGCAGAAACUGUCAAAGCAUGGAAGAUAAACCUGUUUGAAGUUAUCCCCCAAAAUGAAAUGCAGAACUACUUCGAAAUCCAAUAAUUCACUUGUACUCUGACAAGUUUGAACAGAAACUGUUGCCAGAAUAGAUGUUUAGUUGAUAUACACCUUGUUUUGCACUGAUGGCUGCACAGCAAAGGAAGAUGCUAAAAUGGGAAGGUAUGUGAGACAAAGUUCAGUAGGGCUUGCAGUCUGAUUUGUGAAAGCAAGGAUGGGGAGCAGGACAGCAGACAGGCAGAGGAAUAGACACAAAGCAGGUGGAGCAAAUCAAGUAAACCAAGGAGGAAGUGAGAAUAGAAAAAGAGAGGAAGGUAAAAAGUAAAAAAGAGAGGAAGGUAAAAAGUAAAAAAGAGAAAGUGGAAAAGGUGGUAAGAAAGGAGCAACAUGCAGCUAUACUAGAGCAUGGUGGAAGUUCAGAAGCAUUUACUGCUAAUUUCCAAAUAACUUUUUCACUUUGCCUUUCAUCUGCCUCCUGGGCUGUUGGCUGAGCUGGCUACUCCAUGAAGAUUUUAGGGCUCCUCUCUAAUGUUGUACUAUCAGUUUGAGGACCUUUUCCACCCAAGCCCUGAGUGACCACCCCUUCUGUAUUAGCUGGGUGUUAGCUGCUCCAGCCAGAGCUGGCACCUGAGGACAUACUACCUGUCCCCAGAAGAAAAUAUAGACAGAAUUUGGAAGUGCAAAGCAUGUAAGAUUAGGUCACACAAGGAAAGCAUCCUUCCCACUGUUUCUUCAGCUGUGCUGUUGUGCUCCUGAGCAGCCUUAAGCCCUCCUUCAUCUCCUUGUUCCCCAGGCAGGUCCUUCUCCCACAGCAACGGAUGGGCCACCACUAAACACUUGAGAUAGGAAUAGGUCUGACUUUGAGGACAUCCUGAAAAAGGGAAGAAACAUAAACACCUGUGUCUGCUCCCCACUCUGUUUCACAGUACAGACUCAUUGAACACAUGACAGUAUUUCAAAGGAAACCUUUUUUAAGGGCAGCCUAAACUUCUGAGCAUGACAUAGGCAGGUUCUCGGCUUGAUGUGAUGAUGUCUGUUUUGGGAGAAGCAGCACAUUUUCACCUUGCUGAGUGCUUCUGCCUGCAAUAGUCUGGGCAGCUUCUCCCCUCUUGCUCAAAGCCCUUUUUCUUUUCUGGCAACUUGUCUUGCUGACAUCUCUGGCUGAUGGGGAACUGUCACUGUUAACUGCUUUAAACUUGUUUAUUUCAGAUGCCACCUGCAUUUCCUCACCUAAAUGUUAUGACUGGUCCUUUCUUUAGGUAGCUCCUUUUUUAUUUAUUUGUAGGCAACAAGACAUAAAAAAAAAGAAACACAAGAAAAGAAACUUCAUAUAAUAAUAUUACUGAUGAGAAGGUUUUUUCCUAUCAGUUUGUCACAACAUUUUUAUUGAUUGAAUACAGAAGUAGGAAAAAGAUGAGGACCUGGUUAAAAACUGGGAGUUUUACAGUUAAAUUUUAAUAACAUGUAUUUCUAGUGGUUUUGUUUGUAAGCCUAAACAAUCUGUAUCUCUAAAUAUGAUGACAGAUCAUGUCACUCUCUCCAUAAGGUAAUUCUUGAAACAGGAACAUCUAUCCCCCAGUUACUCCCACACCAUCUCCCUCUGGCUCCCCACAAAAUGUCUGUUUGGAGCAGAUCCUCUUUCUCAGCCUCACUGAUUAGGGCAGGAACACCAGGUCACUUAGCCUUUCUGAGGUUGAGAGGAGAGGUAUUUUUAUCCCCUUCUGUUGACGAGCAUGCACAGUAUGGGUAUGAGAUGAGUAGCAAUGAGUAUAAAUUGGUACUGGUAUUAAGGGAGCUGACUAGGAAAGGUAUCCUCCUUGAUGUUCUUCAUCAAUUGCUACUUCCUUACAGAAAUUGUAACAGACCAUGGCUAGACUUGGUAUUUAGCCUAUGCAGACCAGAAAGACCACACAUGGAAUGGAAGAAGCAGAAAGAGGAGAAAGGAGGAAGAAUAUUGGCAAAUUUAUUGAAUUUUUACAGUGCUUGUGGAAUUGGCAGAAAAAAAUGUGCUAUUUACAUUACUAGCAUUAGUAAUUAGGCACAAACAUAAUAAUCACUGGAAGUUGGUAAGAAACAUCUAUACUUACAGCACAGGUUUAUAUGACUGUAAAAUCCUCUCUGAUCACUUUGAUCUCUCUGUUUUUAAGAACUGACACACGAGGAACUUGCAGCUGCCUCCCCUGUGAGAAAAAUUUAUAUUUGAAGGGACUUCUUAGAUCAAAGCAGGUCUGAUUUCAACACAGCUUGUUUAGUCUCUUGUUCUGCAAUAAAAUUGGAGUGCCACGUAGCAAACAUGAUAUUCCAUAAAGGAACUUUAUAACAGCAUCUUUAAAAAUACACUGUGUAGUAGAUCACACUGGGGGUCAACAGGCCCUCUAGAACAGUGAACCACUUUUAGUUUCUAAAUAUUUUUCUGAAUAUUUUCUUUCAUUUCACAAGCUGAGUUCUAGUCGCACUGUCUUAGCUAUGUGGUUUAUUUAUGUCAUACUCCCCAUAGUAAUAUCUGCAACUCUGGUAUCGUAUAUCUUACCAGUAUUUUAUUAAGAUUCCACAAGAGUGAGAAGGCCUGGAAGUAUGUGUUGCUUAAAAACACAUAUGCCCAAUCUUGUAUUUUCCUACAGAAAGAGUAGUUUUCAGCUAAAGAGCAAAAUUGUCAAUGAGUCCUUUGUGAAUAUGCCUUCUUUUUCUGCCACAAUUUUUUAUGCUUUUGCUUUGCUAACUGAAGAAAUAAUUGAAAUGUGAUUUCUAACUGAUCUCCCACAGUGACAGAUUACUUUCAGUGUAGAAGAACAAAGGGAAAUUUCCUGAAAUAUCAAACAAGAGAAGUUUUAGCUUAUAUUCUUGACUGGUUUCCAGAUGGUUCUUUGCCAUAAUUGAGAGUAUUUGAGGUCCACAAGUCUAUAUGGAAGGAUUACAUUCAUACAAGGUUAUGCUCCUAAACAUUGCAGCUGAGUUCUGCAUUCUGUUCAUAAUAAAAUUUUUUAACCUAA